AUGGAGGUGAGCACCAUGUCCCCUCUUUUCGCCUCACCAACCAACAGACCUGAUCAGUGUGAGAUCAAUGUCUCCAGCAUGGCCAUACACUUUGUGACAUUGCUCUUCGGUGUCUGUGGGCUGGUUGGGAAUGCGGCUUUCCUCCGGCUCUUCUACAUUAACCCCUCGACCGACUUCGUCUUCAACCAGGCCAUCACCGACUUCCUCUUCCUCAUCAUCAUGGUCCCCUCCACCGUGCUCUUCCUUGUGGAGGAACUGUCCUGCUAUGCUAUAUUGGCCCUGAUGUAUUUGAGCUUCCUUUUCUACCUCUCACUGUUCUCCUACACCAUGGGGCUGUACCGCCUGACAUUCAUCAGCUUUCAGAGGUGCAGGUCCAUCCUCUGCCUGUUUUUCUGUGGUUGCCAACUUCCUGAGCGACUGCUGUUGGUGAUGAUGACUGUACUGUUCUGGGUCCUCCUCUUUGUUGUCACUGCUGUCAAUCCCACGGUGACUUCCCAGUGCCAGUCACUCGAGAAGGAGAAAUGCCAUGUGGCUCUCACCUCCAUAUACGCCCUCAACCUCUUCCUAUUUGCUGCACCCGUGGUCAUUUCCAGCACAAUCCUCUUCAUUCAUCUCAAGGCCGGCUCCGAGCAGCAGCAGCAACACAAGAGGCUCGACAUCGUUAUUGUCCUUGUUGCACUCUUCAGUCUGCCCCUCAGUCUCUGGUCUUUCCUGCAACAGCUCGGUUACACAGCUGUGCCCUCCCAGGUGGUUUUCCUGCUCACCUGCAUCGCCAGCAGCGUCAAACCCUUCAUCUAUUUCUUGGUGGGGAGCUGGAAGAGAGACUGCUCCAUGGGGAGCUGCUGGAGACACUGCUCCAUGGAGAGCUGCAGGAGGCAUUCCUCUGUGGAGUCCCUAAGGAAGGCAAUCCACAGGGUGUUUGGGGACCCAGAAGAAAACACUUCCUGUGGAAAUGAGCCCACCUCUGAUGCAGAGGACUGAGCCUGUUGCUCCCUUCCACUGCACUGCCGAAGGAACCCAGUGUAGUGGCUGAGGGAUUCCUUGAGGGACCUGAUCAAUAAAUCCCCACAGGA